CGAGGUCUGCUCUGCUUUCAUGAAUUAGCAUAUAAGUUAGAAUCAGCAUCUGUGGAGUCGAUUUUGGUUAGGUUGAUAGAUUCGAAAUUAGGGAGAAUGGCCGACGUGGUGAUGAGGAAAGAGGACAGCGACACAUUGAGUGUUAAGGAACUCGGUGCUUUUCUACCGCCACCGCCGCCGCCGCCGCCGCCGACCUACAAGCCGUCAGCACAAGGUUUUGUUGACUUUUAUCCACCACCAUAUCAGCCUCCCAAUGUUUGGGGACCUCCUCCCCCCGGCCCCAGCACUUGGAGUCCAGUGGUCAUAAAAUUGCCUUCUACUCCUCAAGACGAGCUGAAGCGAGAGUUACUCGAUGCUAUUCUUCUACCGGAACCCGUUGACGAAGAACCGGGCAAGCGGGCGGUAUAUUUACAGUCACCAACUCCAUCUAACAUGGAAUAUCGAAGAACCUUUUAUCAUCGGUACACUCCUUGUCCAACUUAUAGUCCCACUGCCCCUGGCGGUUACCAUUACUCUCAAUCUCAGGAUGCUAUGCACGCCAAGCCACUGCUCUUUGCUAAAAUCGGACUCCAUUGCUACAAUCUCGAAAAGGGGACACACUUUGAACGUUUGGGUCUGCCUCGAGCUUAUGACCAGACCUUAGAGGCAAGGGAUCCAGCACGCAAUUACACUUGCAGGUUUGAAACAAAUGUUCGGCUUGCCACUGAGAAUAAAGAUUGCUUCCAUGUUAUCACAACCCGCUGCAGGCCCUUGCCCCCACCUCCUCCUUCAGGGGAAGAUGGAUUCCAAUGUGGAUUUGACACACUCUCCGUGGAUGAGCUUUUCAAUGGCAACAUGCCCGAUUGGUUGCCUGAUGACUAUGCCACUAGUACGCUGCUGCUGCUGCAAUACUACGAGAUGAAAGAAUCAGAGGUGGAACAAGCCAAAGAAUGGCUUCAUCUUUACGCUGAACUAGCCUUGUACACCAAGAAGCAGACGGACCCGUUCAUGUUUGAGCGUUCAAAGCCCCUGGAGCUCGGAAAGGUUGUUGUGCAAACUAGAGGAGUUGUCGACUCUCUGAAAGAGGUUGAGCUGUUGGAUAAUGCAGUCUUUUUCAUAACAUUCAAAACAAGUUGCGGUCGUGUCUGGAAAGGUAUCAUCAGGAGGACAAGGGAUGGGAUUCCAGAGCAUCUAUCCCUUGAAGCCAAGUGCUUCAUGUGAUGUGAAGAGUCUCUGAGGUUGACUAUGAGCGAGAGAGAGAGUAAUUUAAAAAAAAAACGGUCUGUAGCUCUCUCUACGCUAUCAAUUAUCUUUUAAGUUGAUUGUGCAAUCGUAAUGUUUGUCUUUUAAACUGAGUCUCUGAGGUUGAUUAUGUGAGUAAUUAAAAAUGGUCCGAGUAAACGUUUGUAGUUCUUCUAUCUAUGCUAGCAACUAUCUCUUUUUAA